AUGGUGAAAAAUACAUUUCGGUCAAGAGUGUUCCCAUAUCGCACAGACACUAGUUUACUUGUAGAAGAUUUAGAGCUCCUUAUCAUGAAUCAACAGUUCAAUGAUGCUCACGACGGUGUCCGUGACAUUUUGCUAUAUAUUCUCAAUCAAGGUUCUCUUGGUGGAGUUAUCUAUGAUCUAAAGCAUACCCUAGAUCAUCAGGGGAAGGAGAAUGUGGACGCUACUUAUCGGAUGCGAAGCUUGGUGAGCCAACAAUUCGGUAGUCCACGGAAAUCAAAUCGAGUAAAUGAGGAUGAUGAUGUGGAUAAUCCACCAGAGUUUGAUUGUAGAAAAAAAAACAAAUCGUGA